GUGUGUGGCAGCGUCAAAAUAGUUCGACGUUGAUUUUGUGGUGGUUUGAAACUGGUAUAAAGUUCGAACACUGAGAUUUUGUUGCUGUCUGUAGUGUGAACCGUGUAAAGAUGGUCAUCGAGAAGUAACAUUUGGUACAAAAAAAAAGUUAAAAAAAUUUUUGAACAAUAAAUAAACAUCCAAGAUGUCAGAUAGUGAUGAAGAACAACGGGAGGCAGUCCGAACCGAACCACAAAUAGAGUAUGUCUUAAGUCUACCUCGACGGUAUGCAUACGGUGUCGGCCACGUUCUCAACGAUCUAUGUGCUUCAAUGUGGUUCAGCUACUUGCUCAUUUUCUAUCACAAAGUUCUUCUUUUUAACAAUAUUUACGCUGGAUACUUAAUGCUGAUUGGUCAGGUUAGUGAUGCCUUGUGCACACCCCUCAUUGGCUACGAGUCUGAUCAAUCGCUGGCAUGUCGAUACGGGAAACGGAAGUCAUGGCACCUUUUAGGUACGAUAUGUGUGAUGAGCACUUUUGUGUUCAUCUUCAGUCCAGUCAUCGGUGUUGACGACGCCUCUCAGUGGGCUAAGAUUAUCUACUUCGCCCCGUUCAUUAUCAUCUUCCAGUUUGGAUGGGCGUCAACCCAGAUAUCUCAUUUAUCUCUUAUACCCGAGCUUACCCCUCUGGAUGCUGAGCGAGUAGCACUCAACGCCAUAAGGUAUACAUUUACAGUUCUUUCCAAUAUCUGUGUCUUCGCAAUCUGCUGGGUACUGUUGGAUGCAACGGGAACUUCAGCUCUCACCCCCGCUGAUAUACCACAGUUCAGGUACCUUGCGAUUAUUGUUGUUGGAACUGGCGCUGUAUUCUCCUUAAUCUUCCACUGUGGGACUAAAGAACCCUUAAAGUCGAGGACACAAGAUUUGCCUUGUUGCAUCAAGAACAGGAAGAAAUACCUUAAUCUUGACGAACAAUGCAAGAUGACAUGGAAAGAUUGGCUGUUUGAAUCACAGUUUUAUCAGGUUGCAUUGAUAUACAUGUGCAGUCGUUUGAUGGUCAACAUCUCCCAAGUUUAUAUUCCCAUGUACAUAACAGAGACAUUAAAACUAUCUAAGACAUCUAUUGCAAUUGUACCAUUGGUGAUGUACGUCAGUGGAUUCAUCUCUUCGUUCCUCGUCAGUUUAGUAAAUAAAAAGCUCGGACGAAAGUUGACAUAUUUCUUGAGCGUUUUAGUGUUCUCUGGAGGCUGUACUUGGCUGUGGUUUCCAGACAUCGAUACACAAGUCUACGGUGCUGCAGUACUCAUAGGUGCCGGAGGCUCCACAUUACUUGUAACAUCUCUUGCGUUAACAUCAGAUCUCAUUGCACAUAACACCGAAUCUGGAGCAUUUGUGUAUGGAGCGAUGAGCUUCACUGACAAGCUGUCGAAUGGAGUCGCUGUGAUGAUUAUUCAGUACUUACAUCCUUGUGUGAAUUGUUGUCCAGCGUGUGUUUGGUUCUACCGGGAUGUCCAGGUCUUUGUUCCGGGUGGGGCUGCCGUUCUUUCCCUAAUAGUACUUCUAACUCUUAUCCCUGUAACGGUUGGCGUUCGGAAGAAUCCACCCCGUUCGUUCACCACAAACAGUAUCGAAAGUGAGAGUGAGUACUGCUCAGAACAAUGUGGUGAAUGCAAAAGACUGUUUCCUAUUGACAAGGAAGAGCAAACGUCAAUCAACGGCUAUGGGAGUACAAGAAGUAAGCACACAGGCAGCUCUUCCUAAAGAUGUGAACUUAAACAGCGAUGUACUCCGCUAGUCUUGGACUUAUGAUCGUUUUUUAAAGGCAGUGGACACUAUUGGUAAUUAAUCCAAUUAAUUAUUAGCAUAAAAUUGUUCUAGGUGAUG